CCCGUGAGAGGGGGGGAGCCGAGAGUUAGACGAAGAGCUUUCGCCAAUAUCACAUCGCCAUUUAGUCGUUAGAUAACCAUUGUAGUUGUCAGUUUAGGAUAGUCUUGCAAUUUGAACGCUUUUAUUAAAUAUAUGCUAAAUAUUGGCCUCCUAACGGAUACUUUUCAUAAAAGCAAAGUUGUCCCUCCCCUAAAUCGUAGUAAAGUAACGUUAUCCGUGUCUCUUGAUUGACGGGUCCAUAUUUCUUUUCCUGAAAGAACGGUAAAAAACAUUUUUUUUUUAACUAAAGCCCUGUGAAACUGAAGAACGGUCAGCGAAAAAUAACAGAGGAGGAAGAAAUUGAAAUAUCAAGAAAGAUUGUUGGGAACAUCCGAGGGACAAGUGUGAAAACAAGAAAUUACUGAAAAAGAGACAAGAGUUGUGUCAUUUGCAUAUUUCUUUAGACGUCCUUUUUUUGUCCGAUUUUUUUUUGUUGACUUAGGGACUUGAACAAGUGACGCCAUGACGACGGAGAUGCAGGAGAUCGCCAUCACAGAGGAAAAACCUUUACUUCCUGGUCAGCCCGAUCCUACAAAGGAUGUUGAGGCUGCAGCUCGGAUACUGUUGGACCAGGGCCAGGAACACAGUAUUGAGACUCCACAUGGUCUCCUCCACGUGACUCUCCAUGGAACCUCCAACACACGCCGUCCCGCCAUCCUCACCUUCCACGACGUGGGCCUGGACAGUAAAAGCUGCUUCUCUCCUCUGUUUAAGUUUGAGGAGAUGCAGGAGAUAGUGAAGAACUUUACCCUUGUCCACAUCGAUGCUCCUGGCCAAGAGGAGGGGGCCACCGCCUAUCCUAUGGGAUACCAAUAUCCGUCCAUGGAGCAAAUUGCAGAGAUGAUCCCUGCUGUCCUGACGUAUUUCAAUUUCCGUACUGUCAUCGGAAUUGGAGUGGGAUCUGGUUCUUACAUUCUCUCCAGGUUCACAAUGGCCCAUCCAGACUCAGUUGAAGGUCUGGUUCUCAUCAACAUGGACCCUGAGACCAGAGGGUGGAUGGACUGGGCGGCCCAGAAGAUCACUACCCUGACCUCCUCCCUCACAGAGCAGAUCCUGAGUCAUCUCUUCAGCCAGGAGGAGAUGUCAGCGAAUGCAGACCUGGUGAGGUCACACAGAGAUCGCAUCUCUAAAGCCCCCAACCUCAUCAACAUUGAGCUGUUCUGGAGAAGCUACAACAGCCGCAGGGAUCUGAUCAUUGACCGUAACAGCAACUUCAAGUGUCCCGUGAUGCUGGUGGUUGGGGAUCAGGCACCUCAUGAGGAGGCUGCUGUGGAGUGCAACAGCAAACUGGACCCAACAACAACCUCAUUCCUCAAGAUGGCCGAUGCUGGUGGUCUUCCCCAACUCACCCAGCCCAGCAAACUGACUGAGGCGUUCAAGUACUUCAUCCAGGGGAUGGGCUACAUGGCAUCGUCCAUUAUGACCCGUCUGUCUCGUUCGCGCACCGCCUCACUGUCUUCCUCCUACUCCAUGGACGGGGAGCGUCAGCGUUCUCGUACCCUGUCUCAGAGCUCUCAGGGCGGGCAGAUGCCCCCCAGCCCCUCCCAUACCAUGGAGGUGUCCUGCUGAAGAGAGAGAGAGAGAGAGAGAGAGAUGGAAGGAAGGAGAGCUAGAGGGAUGGAUGGAGAGCUAGAGAGAUGGAAGGAAAGCAAGAGUGAUGGAUGGAGAGCUAGAGAGAUGGAAGGAGAGCAAGAGGGAUGGAUGGAGAGCUAGAGGGAUGGAGAGCUAGAGGAAUGGAUGGAGAGCUGGAAGGAAAGCAAGAGGGAUGGAUGGAGAGCUGGAGGGAUGGAGAGCUAGAGGAAUGGAUGGAGAGCUGGAUGGAGGUAUGGAGAGCUAGAUGGAGGGAUGGAGAGCUAGAGGGAUGGAUGGAGAGCUGGAUGGAUGGAUGGAGAGCUAGAUGUAUGGGUUGUGGAUGAGAGUGGGAUGAUAGCAUUUGUCAGUAACCCACUCCCACAUCUCUUAACCCUGUCAUUCCCCCAGUCCAGCUAGCAGAAAGAGACAGAGACAGAAUGAGAGAUAUGCAGUAGAUAUAGUAAAAGUAGAGGGACAGAGGGAAAAUGAAAGACCGUUACUAAAACACUGUCCUCCCACAAAUCAUCUCAUUCUAAAACACUGUCCUCCCACAAUUCAUCUCAACCUCAUCUAUUCAUCUCUUUAGAGAGAAAGAGAGAGAGAGAAAUCUUCACCUAGACAGCGAAGGAUAGGGGGAAUGGAUAAUUGAAAUUAGGAAAUGGAAGAAAGGCAGAAUUUAGGAACGAGGGAAUAUAGAAAAAAAGGUAGCAAGAAAAGGGCAUUUUAGGGGCAUCGGCCAGUCCUCUCUCCCUCCCUCUAUCGGAAAGUCUGUCAGCCAAUAGAGCUCUUUAACCUAUGGAGUGGGAGGGGUCUGUAGUGACCUCACCGUAGUGUUAACCAAUAGUAAUAAUUAUGAUAAUGAGAAAUAUGACUAUGAUAUUAAUGCUAUUAAUAAUUAUACUGACAAUGAUGUAAUAAUAAUGUUAUAACAAUGUUUCUCUUUAAUUUUAAAGUUUGAAAUAUAUGAAAUAGAAGAAAAGACUAGGAGAAAUACUUAUAAUGAAAAUGUGUGUCUGUCAACUCCUUUAAUCAAUUUGUUAUGAUUUUUUGUAUUGUUGCUUUUUGUAACUUGCCUCAGUGAAUGGGGUGAGGCUUCUCAUUGGUCACGUGAACCUUAACCAUAGCAACAGCCAAUGAAAGUCUACUUCCUCCUUACUGUUGCCGGGUAGAUCAUGUCUUCCAUUAGCCCUGUUCAAGUGACACAUUUUUGUUCCCAUGAGGGGAUUGGGGUGGGUGAGUAAGGGGGGUGUGCUUGUUUGACUGUGUGGAGCAUCUGCAUGCCUGAUCUGAUUUCAGCCAAUGUGAAUAUAGACGGAAUGUUUCCUUUUCUUUUGUAUACAAAUAUGGGUUUGUGUGUGUGUGUGUGUGUGCGCGCAUGUGUGUUUGUUAUUAAGCUUUUGGGCAAAGAUUAGCAGAUGACGAUGAUGAGGAUGGAUGAAGAAGAGUGACAGUGUUAUAGUGAGUUAACUCCUACACUAGUAAAUCAGUAACAAGUGCUUCCAAUGCUGCUGGCAGUCCCAGACUCGGCCAGCAAGGGUCACUGUGUUUGUCCAGUAGGCUUUAUGACGACAUACAUACAUGUACCUGCAUGCUAUGGAGUGAAGUUCCCCUCUAGCUACAGAUCUAGGAUACGCUUCCCCUCCACCAAUCCCAACCUUAACCAUUAGUGAAGAAAAUGCUAAACUGACUCAAGAUCAGCAUCUAUGGGGCAACUUCCCCCUAUUCCAGCCUGCAUAUACCUCACUACUAACAUACUGUAGUCCUCAUCAAAGAGAUAAGAUAGCAAACACCUUGUUGAACAAGCACACUGUACAUGUUGUGUGAAAGCUAGAUGUAGGCAUUGCAUAGCCCUAUAGUGAUGCACCGAUCAUGACUGACAGCUGAGAGCACCAAUACCAAGUCUAUGACUUUGACUGACAGCUGAGCGAACCAAUACCUUGUCUGUCUGUUUGACUGUCAGCUGAGAGAACCAAUAGCAUGUCUCUCUGAAGUCAGGAGGUAUGUGGAGUGGACAGUACUGGACUAGAGUAUAGAGGUAGCCGUUUAGAAAAGGGAGUGUGAAAUAAGGCAUUAUUGUGUAACUGUGUGUUCCAGGGUGUUUGUGCGCGUUUGUGACUGUGUUUAUGUGCCGUGCAAGUGUGUGUGCAUUUGAAAGCUCUCAUACCUUCUAAGCACAAUUUAAGAGGCGAGAUGAGGAAAGGAUAGAACCCAUCCCCUGUCCCAUUGGACCUUCUUAUAAAUCAACAAUGAACCAGCCCCUACACUGCCAACUCCCUAACCCUAAACACUACACCCUAAACCUAGAGGGUGACUGUCCACACUCAUCAAGUCAUACUAUAGGAACCCUUCUCUGUAUGAAUCUCAGAACAGUUAGAGGUGUUGUAGACUUGUCAUAUACUCAAAGUCUAAGCUAAUAGCAGUUUUAUAGGAUUGUUUUAUAGGAUUGUAAUAGACUUUCAGUGAAAACUGAAUGUUAAAUUGUCAAUGUGAUCUACAUAUAGUAAAAGGUUAUAGACUAAAAGUACAUCCAUGUGAAGCUUAACACUGCCCUGAUCCUAACCAAUGGACUGAACACACUGUUAUAUGACCCAAAUACAGAAUACACUUGGAGAGCUGUGUGUAUGUUUUCGAGUGUGUGAAUGUGUGUGUGUGUGUGUGUGCAUGCAAUGUGUGUGUUUGGUUUCCGUAGUUCCGUGCAAUCAUUAAUAUGGCUUAUAUAACGUUUAAAAAGUAUUACUUUGAAUUUUACAAUCCUGUUUGCUCGUUUCUUUCCAAUUCUCUUCAGAGUUCCUCCCCCUUCCUCUCUUUUUAUAGUAGUCUGGUUGGAUGGUUGUUGAUGAAGAUACUGAGGAUAGGUCGGUUGAGAAGAGUAUUGUGAUGAUGGGGGUGAUGAUGAUGUUCCUAGAUAAUAAUUGGAACGUUAUGUUGAUGAUAUUUAGGCUCCUCCUAGUCUUGCAUUGAGAAUCAACCAAUCUGGAAUGGGAGCCUCGAGUAACACAGGGGAAAUGGGUGGAGCCUAAUAGUUUACCAAUAAAGGGAGAAGGGGGGGCUUACUGUUUGAGUUGAGAGUGCUGGACUGUGUGAAUGUACGCUUGUCCAUUUCUUCUUUUGUUUUUACUCUCGUUUUUCCUUCAAUCAUACUCUUUUAUUUUCCUCUUUCAUUGUUGACCUUUUAGUGUUAGUUUGCCGCCUCAGUGUGUUCACAAGUUAGACAACAGUGUGUUAAUUCUUGUGUAACUUUUUUUAGCAACAGCACUAAACAAAUGGGAGAAUAAUAUAAAUAGUUAACAAAACAUUUAAAAAUAACAGAAUACAAUCAAAUGUACUUGUGUCUAAUUUGUCUGUGUAAUAAAAUGAACAACCUAAAACAUUAAUGAGUAGUAAUAAAAGACGAAGAAAUCUUGA